GUAUAUUGUACAUUAUAGUGAUAGUGACUUUGGAGAAUAAUAAUCCAUGGUCGUCCUCUUUCUUUUGAAAUAUGUACAUACAUCUUUCUUUUGAAAUAUGUACAUACAAAUGUGUGUAUAUAUAUAUACACCCAAGAAAUUAAAUAUUAUGAUUUUUUUUCUUACAUAUAUAGCCAAAGAAUGCUGUCUUUCUGUGUAGACUUCUUACUCUUUAGGUACUUGUUUUAAGAGAUCACAAGAAACCAAAGUUUGGAUAGUUUCCUUUCACCUUUGUUUUUUCUCUAGUUGGAGUUUUCUUCUUCAUAUAGCUAUGGAUAUGUUUUCAUCUCGCAACUGGUCCUAUAGACCAAGCUCUUUGUCUGCUGAAGCAAAUGCUUCUUCUGGUAAUACUGUCAGUGCCAUCCAAGAUUUUAAUGGCUUGAACAAUGUUAUCUCUAGUCGUCUAUGUACGCACACAGAGACUCAGAAGACUAAGAAAAGGAGAGGCGUUCCUGGAAAUCCUGAUCCAGAUGCAGAGGUAGUUGCAUUAUCACCAAAGACACUUCUUGCAACAAACAGAUUCGUCUGUGAGAUAUGCAACAAAGGGUUUCAAAGAGAUCAGAAUCUACAGCUUCAUAGGAGAGGUCACAAUCUUCCAUGGAAGCUGAAGCAGAAAAACACCAAAGAACAACAAAAGAAGAAAGUCUAUGUGUGCCCAGAUACAAACUGUGUUCAUCAUCACCCAUCUAGGGCGCUUGGUGAUCUCACGGGGAUCAAGAAACACUUUUGCAGGAAACAUGGAGAGAAGAAAUGGAAAUGUGAGAAGUGUUCAAAGUUCUAUGCUGUUCAAUCUGACUGGAAAGCUCAUACUAAGGUCUGUGGUACAAGAGAGUAUAGAUGUGACUGUGGCACUCUUUUUUCGAGGAAAGACAGUUUCAUAACGCAUAGAGCCUUCUGUGAUGCAUUAGCAGAAGAAAGUGCAAGAAUCAUCUCAAUUCCUUCCACCAAUCUCAUAAACUUAAGCCCUAGUUUCCAAGAUCGUCACUUUAUGCUCAACAAGUCUCCCUCUUCGUCCUUGCUCUUCACGUCACCACCUCCUUACGUGAACCCUGCACCACAUCCCUCCACCGCAGCAGCUCUUUCCGCGACAGCUCUCCUCCAAAAAGCGACCGCUCUCAGCUCCGGUCCUUUCGGCGGCGGAGGACAAACUCGGUCAGUUGGUCAUCACCGACCUUUGACGAGGGUCAACGAGCUUCUUGGUGCUGACCGAGUUAUGAUGACGUCCUCGUCUUCGUCUGAGUACGACCAGCUUGUUGUUGACGGUUUGACGUCCACGUGGCAGAAUGCUGACCAUUUGACCAGAGACUUUCUUGGACUCACGGGUCAUGGAGUGCACGUUAGCGUGACACCUGGUGAUCUGCUAGAGUACGCAGGUGGAGUGUCGUUUCCUAUGUCAACGUACCUUACCGAAUCUCAUGAUCACGAGUCGUCCUCGUCGUUUCAGAAGGCUUACGAUCUGGGAUUCACUGGGCCCCAUAAUAUGUAAAAAGGGUUACAUUGGAACCUACUUCCAUUGUUUUGUUGCUCUUUAAUGAAAUUAAAUACCAUCGGGAACAUAAACACAAAGACAAAGAGCAGAUGAGCAUUUCUUUCUGGUUACUUUCUAGGGUUUGUUUAUUUCUUUUAAUUUUCUAAUUGUUACAGCUUACAAAUUCCUCAAUUUUAACGUUAGAUUUUCUUGUCAAAAUAAAAAAUUCCCUUUAAAAAAAUAAAAACGUCGGUUAAAA